UUUCACGUUUUUUGAGUUGACUCGAGUCAACAUCAUCUUAUUGAUUUAGUAAUACAUUACAUCAACCCUGAAUUAUAUAUUGAUUUUUCAAAAUUUGGGUUAUUUGCAUUAUGUAUGGCUAGAUUACUUUGAUGCUCAGUUUCCUAUGUCAUGCUUAUGAAUGUGGUAGUGAACUUAUGCUGGUAAUAUGUAUGCAUAGUUAAUGAAUUCAUAUUCUAUACACACAUACACAGUACAUGUUGUUUGGAUUUAAGUUACUAUGUAAGAUUGUCAUGUUGGUGUUGGAAUCAUUGAAUGACUGAUAAGUAGAUAACCUAUAUUAUAAUAUUCGGAAGUUAAUCCAUUUUCUCAUAUUAAUUCCUUGUUUUUUCUGCAGUAGGAUUGGACCUUGUAUUUUCACUGCAAGGAAAGUCAAAUCCUCAGACUGAGGAUAAGUUGUUCGUAAGGUGCUCAGAGUCCUUCGGAAUUCCAACGAGAGGAAAGCAUUUUGGCAAGUUCAAAGAAGAGAAAGGUUCAAGAAGGAAGAGAAGACAUUUUGGCAAGUUCAAAGAAUACUAAACUUCCAUGCAGGAAAGUAUAUGAGCCAAAGAAGAGUCUUUUUGGCUUGAACAAGAAAAGAAAAUUGGAAGACAAUAUCAGGAUUAACAAUUUGGAAGAAGAUGAGGAAGUUCUUUUUCCUUCAAGGACAAAGUCAAAAAAGCAAACUAGAAAUAUGGACAAUAUGAAGGUGACUGCGUUUCUGAAUGCUUAUUUCUUACAUUUAUGAAAAGUGUCUUAGUUUAUGACAUUUUUUGGUAUUUAAGCCUUAUAACACAGUUUAAUAAGUGCUUUACUAUUUGUGUUAACAAGAUACUCAACAAAAUUCCAAAAUAUGUCAUCAAUGCAUGAAAAAGGAAAGAGCAGCAUUUGUACCAUUUACUAAAUGUCAGAAAAUGUAAUGUCUGUGGUGCAUCAACAACUGGUAUAUUUUUUUACAUCUAAAUUAUCAUUCGAAAGGUUUAUUUAUUUAUUAAUCUAUUUUAUUAGAUACCUUUAGAAAAUAUAAAUAUUUUCUUAUUUUUGCACACACGUAUCCCGAUAUGAAAAUAGAAGAUAUUGCAGCGAGUUGCCCCUUUUGCAGGAAAAAUUGCAACUGCAAUGUCUACUUACGGUCAAAGGGAAUUAUUAAGGUUUAGUUUACUAUGUGUCCAGUAGACACCCUUAAUUUUUCUAUUUUUUAAAAGUAUAUUUUUUAUUUCUUUGUUUUUGGCCUUGUCCUCUAAUUUGUUAUCUCCUUUCAGACAUCUAACAGGAACUUCACAAAUUGUGAAAAGUUUCGGUAUUUGCAAUAAAUGACUAAUUCACUUUUUCCGUUUGUGGACCAAAUUCGUGAAGAACAAAGUCAUGAGCAUGAGAUUGAAGCCAAGAUACAAGGAAAAUCAUGUUCUGAGAUUAAGAUACCUCAAAGUACUUGUAGUGACGAUGAACGUAUCUAUUGUGAUCAAUGUGCCACGUCUAUUGUUGAUCUUUAUAGAAGCUGCCCCAAGUGUUCGUUUGAAAUCUGUCUUACUUGCUGUCAAGAAAUACGAAAUGAAAGUAUUUCACCCCGGCCUGAACUGAAGUUUGAAUAUGUUAAUAAGGGCAUUGAGUACAUGCAUGGUGGUCAUCCUCAACCAGUAUAUUGUGAUUUAGGGACUUCAGAGGGUACUAUUGAGAUAUAUGUCGAUUGGAAUGCUAAGAGUGAUGGAAGUAUUAGAUGUGCUCCAAAAGAAAUAUGGGGUUGUUGUGACUCUGUAUUGGAGCUGAAGUUUAUACUUCCAAAUGGACGGAUUUCUAAUUUGGAAGCCAAAACUCGUAACAUGCUGAAGAAUUUUUGCAAAAUUGAGCACAAAACUCUUCAGAAAGAAGCAGUAUUAAGCAGCAAUUCUAUGAUAAGAGCUGCUUUUAGAGAUGGCACGAAUGAUAAUAACAUAUAUUGUCCAGUGUCAAGUGACUUGUCAGAAGAAGGGCUAUUUCUCUUCCAACAGCAUUGGAUUAAAGGUUAACCAAUCAUAGUUCGGA